AUGACUACUCAAUUUUCAGUUGAAUCUAUUGAAUAUCUUGCUGAAAAAUUGAGUGAUUGUCGAUAUUUAUGCGAUGAAUCUCUUGUAUAUCUAACUCUGCAAAUAAGUGCAACUAUUUCUAAUCUCUUACAAGAUGCGUGUAAAGUCUUAAGAAAAUGUCGACGAAAUGAUUUAACAACAGAAGAUUUUGCAUUUGCAUUGAAAUUGAAUCAUUUAGAACCUAUGUAUGGUGGUUAUACAACAUCGAGUAUUGAACGUUUAUUAUUCCAUAAAAUAAAAAAAGAUAAUCGAAUUUUAUAUCAUAUUACUGAUAAUAUUGUUCAAGUUGAUGAAUUAAUUAUACCUCAAUCAAAAAUACCUUUGGAUAUAAGUAUUCGAAUACAUUGGUUAGCAGUAAAUGGUAAACAACCAGAAAUAAAUGAAAAUCCUAUUAUCGAUAUACCAAUUCGUUCUACAGUUUUAAAGAAGAAACUAAACAAAACAUCUCAUAUUAUAUCAAAAGAACAACAAAUUUAUUACAAAGAAUUAACAGAAAUGUGUAUAUGUCCAAAUGAACAAAAACGAAAACAAGCAUUACUAAUUCUUUCGGCAGAUAAUAGUCUUCAACAAAUUCUUUCACGUCUUAUUCUUUUCAUAUCCGAAGGAGUACGUGUAAAUUUAGCACCAACAUCAACAUUUGAUCGAUCAAUUAUUUUGAAAUAUCUAAUGCAAAUGGGCGAUGCUUUAUUACAAAAUGAAGAACUGUAUUUAGAACGAUAUUUACAUUAUUUAUUACCAGCGAUACUUUCUUGUUUACUUGAACGAAGAAUAUCACGUGAUCAUUGGUCAUUACGAGAUCUUGCUGCAAAAUGUUGUAAACAAAUCAUUCGGAAAUAUGCAACGGCAAUAAAUUGUUUACAACAACGUACAAUCGAUGUUUUCUAUCGAAUUUUAAGUAAAAACAAUGAAGAUUAUACAUGGCCAACACGAUAUGGAGCAUUUAUUGGUCUUUGUGAAAUGAGUCAUAAAGUUAUUAUUCAAAUUGUCUUUCCUCUUAUUAAACAAUUAGGUGAACAAAUUCAAUUAAUAUCAGAUAUUGAAUUAUCACAAAAAAUAACAGAAACUGUUGUUAAAUAUGUUACCAUUGCUUAUCGUUCAGUUUAUAACGAUAAGGAAACAAAUGAAAAGAAACUCUAUGAAGAUUUUGGUUCUUAUUUUGCUCCUCUUAUUCAACAUAAUUUAAUAUUAUUAUUGUAA